ACGCGUCCUGAAAUGCGCGGCAGGCAGCAGCGGUGGCCGAGGACAUCGGCGGCGGCGGCAGCGCGGCGCACUGGAAUCGUUUAUUUUUAGCGCCUGGUUCGCGUCGCAGCGUCGGGGUCGCGGGCUGGCGUCGUCGUCCCCACCUCCAUCUCCACCUCCACCUCCACCUCCACGUCCGUGCCUCAGUCACAGUCGGAGCGGGACUCGCCGGGCACGAGAGGCUGCGUUGAGGCGUGAAGCUGCGCGCUCGUUGACGUUGCCAGAACGCCGAGGAGGAGCAGGAGGAUAGCGGGACUCUCAGAGUUCAUCCUUUUUUCGAACACCGUCCGACUCCGGUCCUCUUUCGACCGGCCUGCUCAGAGAUGGCGAGCCCCGCAGCGGCAGGUCGAGACGGGCCGACCGCUCCGACGCGGGACGAGCCGGAGGAGGAGGCGGCGGCGGCGGCGGCGGCGAACCAUCCCGAACCUGCUGCGUGUCAGGAGGCGCAGCAAUGGAUCGAGGCUGUAACAGGGAAGAGCUUCGGAGACAAGGACUUCCGCAGUGCUCUGGAGAACGGCAUCCUGUUGUGCGAGCUGCUGAGCGCAAUCAAACCUGGGCUGGUCAAGAAGAUCAACAGACUGCCAACCCCCAUUGCUGGGCUGGACAACCUGUCGGUCUUCCUGCGGGGCUGUGAGGAGCUGGGCCUGAGGGGCUCCCAGCUGUUUGACCCCGGGGACUUGCAGGACACUUCUACACGGGCUAACCUCAAGGACUCUGACUGCAACCGCAAACUAAAAAAUGUGCUGAACACGGUGUUUUGGCUGGGCAAGGCUGCCAGCGGCUGUGCCUCCUUCGGCGGUCCCACUCUCAACCUCAAGGAGUUCGAAGGGCUUCUUUCGCAAAUGAAGAUGGAGAGCGAUCAAGGAGGCGACAAUCCACAGAAGCACGGCGUCAGAGACAGCGGCUAUGACUGCUGGGACUCCGAGAGGAGUGAGUCUCUUUCUCCGCCCAGACACACCCGCGACAACUCCCUUGACAGUCUGGACUCUUUUGGCUCUCGCUCCCAGCACAGUCCUUCUCCUGAUGUGGUGAAUCGAGGCAACAGUGAUGGGCGAGGCAGCGAUUCAGAGGCCGAUGGCCCCGGCAGGAAGCCAGAUGUGCGGAAGGAUGACAUGUUGGCCAGGCGGACUGCCAGCAGUGAAGCAAGAAGCUCCAUCCCUUUCAACCAGUUCCUUCCAAACCGAACCAACGCCAGCUGCUACAUCCCGACCCCGCGGCGAAAACCACACGCCGAGGAGGGAGAGCAGCGGAGUCAAGCCACACCAGAGCAGGGCAAAGGGACCGGACUGCUCCACAAAUCUCCCAAGACUGUCACUUGGGCCCCUGAGAACAAUGGGGAAAAACUAAAACAGGAAGAGGAGAAUGUGGCCCAGGACGUGUUGGGGCAGAGGAGGCUGCAGAUGUUGGAGAAGGCAGGAAUUAAAGUUCUGCCUGCCGUCGUUCGCUACAGCAGCCCUCCCGCAGUGGAGGAACAGCAAGAGAGGUCACCGUCCCCGAACAUCAUCCUUCGGCGGGACAACGACUUUUUGACCUCUCAGAAAUCUGCCUGGGAUUCGUCCUCUGACGGGGAGGAGGAAUCAGAGGUGCGGUCAGUUCCGGACGUUCGGAAAGAUGACUUGGCGUCGAGGCGAGCUCUUCGCAGCCCCGUUGCUCCCAAGGUGCACCAGUUUGUUCCUCCACCUGUAUGUAACGACAAAGACCGAGAGCGCUGGGAGGGCAUCAGACGGGCCUCGCAGCAAACGCUGCAGGAGAAGGAGAUCAGUGAGAAGGAUGCAUCCCCUGACAUCAUUAUGCGCAGAGACAACCCCUUCCUAAACUCUGCCCCUCGCAACGAGGAAGAGGAGGACGAGGAGGAAGAGGGGAGGGUUAAGGCGAUGCCUAACAAGCAGAAGGAUGACCUGGCUCGUAGGCGGGCUCAGAGUAGGACCCGCCCUCACAGGGACGGACCAAUGAGUUUUGUUUCGGCCUCCAUGAGCCAGGCAGAUAUGAAGAAGUGGGAGAGACUCAAGAUGACUGAACCCAGUGAGGCUAGCCCGGCACCUGUGUGUCAGGCUUGUCUGGAGAAAAGUUAUGGAGGUCCUUUCAGCGGAUCAGCAAAGGCUGGACGAGGUCACAUCAAAGUUGUGACCUUUGGGGGCGUGACUGAGAUCGAGCAGCCAAUAGACACAGUCACAUCAAAUGAAGGGGAGGAGACGGAGUUGCUAAGGCGACUCCUUUCCAAGGCAACUGUAGCCAUGCCUACCAUUGGCCUGGGCUCCCAGCUUUCAGAGCGGGAACGCAGCCAGGUUGAUGGAGCUGACCUUGGUCAAACCACCCCUCCCUCUGCCGAGCUCCCACCUUGGACCCCAGAGUUUGCUGCGACUCCCGCCGAACUGGAUGCUCGCCUGGCUCAGUACCAAAGCAGAGCAGAGGAGGAGGAGGAGGAUGAGCAGGAGCAGGAGAGGAUCCCAGAUCUUCAGAAAGACGAUAUGAUGGCAAGGAGGACAGGAGUUUUCCAUAAACAAAGCACGGCUACGGUGACUUACAACCGUUUCCUGCCUCUCCCUACCUCCAAACGUUGCACACAGGGGGAGACCACUGCUGAUGCUGCUCCGCGAAACAAAAAGGAAGUGCAGACGGCCAGAAACAAGAACCUGAACGUCAGAGCGGAGCAACAGCAGCCCAGAGUUCACAUGGAAACGCCUCAACCGCAGCCCGACACGACGGCGGUCCGUUCUGUGUCUCGCAGCCAACAGGAAUAUGAUGAUGACGAGGAUGAGUAUGACGAAAAUGAGGCUGCGCCUGACCUGGAGAAGGAUGAUAUGAUGGCAAGGAGGACCAGAUCUUCCCAAAAACCACCUGCAGCCAAAACAAACCAGUGCUAUAGUCGGUUCCAGUUCCUGCCCGUACCCGGAUCAGUCAAAUAUAACGUCAGCCCGGUGUCGGCAAUGAAGCCGUUACACGUCAGACCUAAGCGCGCUGAGAAGUCGGCUGGUGAAAGCAUCGUUACCGUAGCAGCAGAACCUCAGGCGCCGCUCACCACCACAGACCCAAGCGGCCCCAAGUGUGCCGCGCUGAGGGAGAGGCAGGAGGAUGGCAAGCAAGAGGGAGAUGUGACGGUUCCAAACGCCUCAUUUACAGAUUUGACUGAACCCCUCUCGUCUCCGUCACUCACCCCUCCACCCAGCCCUGCCGCCGCACACAUCCGUAUGGUGGAGGCAGAGUUGGAAAAGCCGAGUGUGGAGGAAAAAAGUGAGGAAAGCGAGAAAGAGAGGGGAAAUGAUGUGACAGAGCAACCACGCAAGAAACCAUUCUGGCUGGAGGACGAUGAUCUACCUCCAAUAAUGAUGAGCCGGCGAGUUGCUUUUAUGUCUGAGGACACAGAGAGUAUGAGUUUGGGUGAUAUGCUCAACGAGGAGGAGGUGGGAUAUUUGCCACCACUGAGCCAAUCACGACAUGAGCGCAUGCAAGAACAGUACAACAGCUUCCAGGAAGAGGAGGACCCCUGGCGAAAUGACCUGACUCGCUGGAAGAAUCGCCGCCGCAGCGCGUCACAGGAGCUGAUCAAGAAAGAGGAGGAGAGGAAAAGGAUUGAGAAAAGCAUGAAGGAGCAGGGAGGUGACGGCAACAAGAGGAAAAGCAUAAAGACCUACAAAGAGAUCGUGGAGGACAAAGAGCGCAGAGAGGUAGAGUUGUGCGAAGCCUACAGGAACGCAGCGACUCCAGAGGAGGCAGCCAUGGUUUUACAGCGUUACGCUCUCCGCUUCACCAUCAGUGAUGCGACACUGGACAGCCUGAAGUUGCCCAGGUCCAACGCAAAGCCCAAAUCAGACCUCAGUCAGGUGGACAAAGAGCACGAACCCUCCUCAGCCGUUAAUGACUCGCCAGAAACGUCAGAACCUCCGCGCAAACCAGAACAAACUGUUGUGACAGAACCUGAAGAGGUUGAGAAAGAUGCAAUAGCUCAACAAGAGACAUCAGUGUCUGUCUCCACCAGCUCCCCGACACCCAGUAUUCCCCUCACCACGGUCACAAACUCGGAAAAUACACCACCUCGGUCGCUAGAACUCAUUGAGCCUCCAUCCAAACUGACAGAAUCUCCAAUGGCACAUCAGAAACAACCGAUUACAGGAGACGCACAGCCGCAGACUAAGCAAACGCCGCCUCAGACUGAACAAGUACAGCCUCACACCAAACAGCCGGCACGCGCACUCCCCUCCCCUCCAUCUGUGCCCUGCAGACCUCUCCCCCUCCUGGCAGCCAAGCCCUACUGCCAGCCCAGGAGCACUCCGUCUGGACACAAGUCUGUCAAGAUGGAUGGGUUGGCGCGUGUGAAUGGAGAGGCGACGGAGGAUAUCUCUGUUACAACUGCACCUGGCUCCCCGCCCGACUCGCCACAGGAGAAUAAAGACAUCACCUCCAAACAGACAGAGAAAGAUGUUCCCCCUGAGGAGACGGCGAAGAAUCAGGAGAAAGCAGAACAACAGCCGCCGCCUCUCCAGACUGAGAAGUCGACCUCCUCUUCAGGCUCGGCCAUCAGCUCCCUGAUCGGAGGCCGAAACUGUGUCAUCACAACCACUAUUGUUACAGAGCUUACGCAGACGCUCGUGGAGCCUCAUCACCCUGAGCAAAGCAACGGACAGGUCAAUGGAACCACUGGUUUGUUUGUGACGCCAGCGCAGGAACAAAAGGCUCAGCCAGCUGCAUCGGCCAACAGCCCGCAAGAAUAUUCUCCCACUGUCACAGAGGGACUCGAGGAGAGCAGUGUGACUAUUGAGACCCCCAUGUUGAACUUGGCUAAACGCGUUAAUCACUGGGUCUGGGACCCCAAUGAGGAGCGUAAACGCCUGGAAAGCUGGCAACAGGAGCAGGAGCGCCUCCUACAGGAGCAAUACCAGAGGGAACAGGAGAAGCUGAAGAAGGAGUGGGAAAAAGCACAGCUAGAGGUGGAGGAGGAGGAGCGGAAACACAAUGAAGAGGAGAGACGGAUUCUGGAGGAGACUGUAACACCCCUCAAUCCCACCGGCUUGUUGAACCAGCAGCUUGGCAAGACAGAGACCAUUUCAUCUGCUCCAGAGAAGAGCGACGUUCCCCUGCAGCAAAAUGGCCAAAGAGUCUCGGCGGGGAACGAGGAUCAGCAUGCGUCCAAGCUGCAUUUUUUCCAGGAUUCUGUGUGUGAUGGUGAACCUUCAAAGAAACAGGAGCUGUGGAAGACAGCUUCUUUAGACCGCAACCUUCAGCUUAACCAGGCACAUGCUGUUAAAAGGUCUGGAUCACAUGAUGUUGUAACAAGCAAGCAGCAGCCGCCCUCCUCCGCCUCAUCGUCAUCAUCACCACAGCCUCUUUCACCCAGCAGGUGUGUUAGUGGGAAGAGACUGUGCUCUAGCUGCUCUCAGCCUCUGGGAAAAGGAGCUGCCAUGAUCAUCGAUACGCUCGGACUGUUUUUCCACGUACAGUGUUUCAAGUGUGGAGUGUGUGAGGGGCAGCUGGGUGACGCCACUGCAGGGACUGACGUAAGAAUUCGUAAUGGACUGCUGAGCUGUCACGAGUGCUAUAUGGCGUCUCGGGGCAGAGGACAGCCCACCACACUAUGAUGACCUGCAUUAGAACUGGAUCCCCACCAUCUCCGUCGCAGUCUGCGAUUGGGCGGAGAACGAUUGUGGAACCUUGUGAAACACUCCUUCGAAUCUCUAUGGAACUUUGGAAUCAUCUUUUUCCCCCCUGAAAUGCACAAACAGCUUUAUGGAUGUUUCAGAGAGCAGAACUGGGCGGACAUGUGGACUAAAUGAAACAAAAUCACAAGCACAUACAAUACAGUUUGUGCUUUUUAACUGUACACAUGUAUUCACUUCAUUUUAUUUUAAUGUGUAGCAUGGACAUAAUAAAGAAAUCAGUGUGUUUAAGCCUUUGCACAGUCAAGAAACUAAAAUAAGGAUCUGUUCUGUCAUAAGCUAAGCAUAUUACACUACAAGCUGAAAAAUACUGUCACAACGCAGUCUCAAAAUCUUGACUUAUUAACCCCUGCUUUUGCACUGAUCAUGUGACUCCAUGUGUCAUAAACCGUUUUUUGUUGGAUAACCUGAAGUAGCUUGACCAUUGUAAUGCCUUACUCAUCAUACUUUCAUUCAUUUUGUGUUUUGUGUUUACAGUUUUGCAUGAAAGAAGAACAUAUAUAAGUUAUUGUGAGUAUUGCUCAGAUGGAUAGUGUGAGUUUGACGUAGGUUGUUCUCUUCUCGACGGUUAAACUUUAGCUUUCCUCUCGUAUGUUGUACAUCAAAAUAUUUUUUUUUCUUCAUUUUUGCAAAUCUAGCUAAGUAUCACAAGCUUUUUCUUUACAGUUAAUGUUACAGGCAUGACAAUGCAUUAUAUUAAGUAAUAAUACUUGUUCUUUGGAUUUUAAAUAUUUUCCCUUUAAGAUGUUUUUAUGCCAUUGUUUAUUCUCAUAGACUGACUGCAUCCGAAUCAGUGCCUUACUGUAUGUGAUGAAUGCGAGGGCUGGUGUACUUUGUGUGUAGAGGGUAUUUCACACUCACACAGACCUCUGGGUCUUGGCAUUAUGUGCGUGUGUGUGUGUGUGUAAUGAGGGUUUGUGCAUGUAUAUGUAUUCAAUUUGUGAUUUGACUUGAAGCACAGUUCCAUACCAGCAAAAAAAAAGUUAAAUGGAUCAGCCACUCCUUAUCACCUUCUGUUCUCUUCCUCCCUUUCCCAUAAGCUAAACCAAUGACACAGUUAUUUGCUGCUUCCCUGAUAUUAUAUCAGUUCACAAUGUUGUAAAAUCUCUCCCCGUUCGCCUCUGUCACAAGUGUUGCCCCAGAAUCUGAGCUGAACUCCCGUCUGUGUUAUUGCCUCUAUUUGGACACCUGAAUGUGUCUUCAUCGCUCAGAGGAAUAGAGCUUGUUGUAUUUUAUAGCAAGUGUAUGUUUACCAAUAAAAUAUUUUAAAAGGGA